AUGGGAUCAGAGCUAAGAAUAAUUGAUGUAGGGAAUAAUACUCUUCAGUUCAAAUUAGGCUCCGCUAUCAGAUGGAAUGGGUGGAAAAUAGUGGGCCAUGGAACUUUGAAAAAAUCUGCUACUCCAUUGCAGAUGGAAGAAAGGUCUUACAACUUGUGGAUGGCCAUUUUGGAAGUCCAAGUGGAAAAGAGAAGCCCAGCAAUGCGGACAGAAAAUAAUUGUUGGACAGCAAUCACUCAAUUAGCCCAUCAUGGGAUGCUUUAUGUACCUAUUGGGUACACUUUUGGUGCUGGAAUGUUCAAAAUGGACUCCAUCAGAGGCGGAUCUCCAUAUGGUGCAGGAGUAUUUUCUGGUGAUGGCACUAGGGAACCAAGUGAUACUGAGCUUGCUCUUGCAGAGCAUCAGGGCAAGUACAUGGCUGGUAUAGUCAAGAGGUUUGCCAAAGCUUCUUAA